AUGGCAAAUCCAGGUUUAUUAACCACCAAUGACAACAGUAAUAAUAAAGAAUCCUUCAUUAAGAGGAUUUCAGUUGGUAUAGUCAGAUUUUUCACUAAUAUUACCAAUACUGUCAUUGUAUCCAAAGAUACUAAAGAAGUUAAGGGGGAAAAAGAUAUCAAGAUUGCCACUGCCAAACUUACCAACAAUAACAACGAACAAAAAGCACGUAAAAAUAGUGCUGAUAUACCAAUUGCUACUACAAAUAAUGAAAACAUUCCUAAUAAUAAUAAUAAUACCAAAAAUAAUAGUCCAUUAUUUCCUAAGACUAUCAAUAUUGAUUCUUCUUUAGCCAUCAAUUCAACUGCAAUUCCAUGUUCUAUGGAUAUUUCAACUUUAGCUUCUCCUGCUUUGUCUACGACCAACUGUAUUGAUACAAAUGAUAAUAAUCUUGGUAUUAAUAAUGUCGUUGAAUUCAAAGGUUGUUCCUCUAGUGACAGUUCAUUAAAUAGAUACAUAGCUAGUAUUACCAAACAAGAAGGUACUGAUACUAAUAUUACUACCGCCACUACCACCACCACCACUAAUAAUAAUAAUAACAACUUUAUGACAACUAAUACGCCCGUUUCUCCAGAUAUUUCUACCUCUACUGCGAAUCCAACAACCAAUAUCCCUCCAUCUGAUAAAGGAGCAUUUACUGAAAAAUUUGUUUGCCAUUAUUGCGAUGCUGAAUUUAGAAUCAGAGGCUAUUUAACUCGUCAUAUUAAGAAGCAUGCUGUUCAAAAAGCCUAUCACUGCCCAUUCUUUGAUUCUAAUGCUUCUCAUGAAUUAAAAUGUCAUUCCACGGGUGGGUUUAGUAGAAGAGACACCUAUAAAACUCAUUUGAAAACAAGACACUUUGUAUAUCCGCCAGGAGUUAAGCCUAAAGAUAGAGCCAAGAGCGUUGGGAAAUGUGGAUUAUGUGGUGCGUUCUUCACUAAUGGUGAAUUAUGGGCUGAAAAUCAUAUUGAGAAUGGGGAAUGUCCUAAAUUACCAAAGGGCUUCCAAAACCAAUCAAGAAAAAAAAAGAGAAAACCCCAUAUUAAUGUUACUUCCGAUUCUCCGGAAAAUAAAAAUGAUACGGAUGAAAUUUUCAAUAGUAAUUCUAGAAGGGAACAUGCUUCUUUGAAAAUGGUCAAAACUAGCAAUGGUGUUAGCAGAUUUAUUUCUAGUGAAGAAAGUUAUGUUGAACCAAAGAUUUUCCUGAAUAAGGAUGCUUUAGAAGCUAUGGCUAUUGUCGUCGAUGAAAGUAUUUCAAAUUCCCCAAACCAUACGGCUCCCGUUCAGAGAUUAAGUAAUAAUAAGAUUUUGCUGCAGUCCGAUAAUUUUAAAGGUAUCCAAGACCGCUCUGGAAGGUUAAAGAAAAGAGGUCGCAAGAAGAAGGCUGUUACUCUUGCCAGUCCUAACGCUAGCAUUGCUACCACUGUCACUAGCAACAGUGACGUCAGCUUGAAUUCUACUAGUAGUAAUGAAAGCUUAAAUAACAAGGUUAAUGGUAUUUCCGCUACCAAUGCUAACACCAUGAGCACUGGAGUUGUUAAAACAGCUUUGGGUGUUACUGAUAAAUCUAAUUUACUUGGGGGAAAAUAUACCAAGAACAAGACUAAUUCUGCUGUUAUUGAUGAGCAAAAUAGUAACUCCAGUGCUAUUACAAGUCCACAUAUAAAUUCUGUUUCAGAUCAUUCUCCUAUUGAUGAUGCUGGUCUAGAAAAAAUUAAUACUUCUUCAUCUUUAAGCUCAAAUGAUUCUAUGCCAAUUGUAAACCGUGACUUGAAGCAUUAUUCUGAAAAUGAUGCCCGUAACACUGGCAUUGAUAAUAACGUCAGUACAGAUGUUCCUAAUUAUGAAGAUGACUAUAUUUAUGAGCCAUUGGAUACUGAACAAAGUUCUUUAAUAUUUUUACAACAACAAAGAGAACAUCCCAUGAUUACUACUGGUACUUCUAAUAAUAAUGAGACCACUUAUAAGAAUUCAAAUCAAGAUAUAGCCAUAAAUAAAACUUUAAGAGAACAAAUGAAUACAAUAACAUUAAGUGAAAGGCAUUUAAGGGAAACAGAACAGUAUAGAAAAUUUUACAAUUUUACAAUGGGAAAUAUGUAA